CUGACACUUCCUAGACUUGGUCACACUGCAGGACAUACAUAUUAAAAGAAAUAUUUUAAUCUACUAUUUAGAAAAAUUUGUUUCUAAAUGCGGUGUACUUAUUGCGUUAUUGUGAGCAAAUAAAUAUCGAAAAAAUACAUUUUCAAUGAGUUUCUUGGCAUAAUUUGUUUGUAAGCGCCUUAUUGUAAAACUAAAAAUGGAAACAUUUGAUGUAACAGAUCGAAGUUGCUGGUACUUUGGUUCCAUGUCCCGCCAAGAAGCAACGGAAGUACUGAUGAAUGAACGAGAACGAGGAGUAUUUUUGGUCCGCGACAGUAACUCAAUAGCGGGAGACUAUGUUCUUUGCGUGAGAGAAGAUACUAAAGUAAGCAACUAUAUAAUCAACAAAGUGCAACAGCAAGAUCAUUUAGUAUAUCGCAUCGGUGAUCAAUCAUUUGAUAAUCUGCCAAAAUUGUUGACGUUUUAUACUCUUCAUUAUUUGGACACGACACCUCUAAGACGUCCUGCACCAAAAAAAGUUGAACUUGUAAGAGGGAUAUUCGACUUUGCCGGCAAUGACCAAGAUGACUUGCCUUUUCAAAAAGGGGAAGUUCUUACAGUAGUAAGAAAGGAUGAAGAGCAUUGGUGGACUGCUCGUAAUUCAUUGGGGCAAGUCGGACAAAUACCAGUUCCAUAUAUACAGACUUAUAAUGAAAAUAAUAAGUUCGUGGAGUCAGCAAUGGACCAGCCUUCCGAAUCUUUCAAUCGGGUUUUAAAAAGAACAGACUUAAACCGAACACUACCUGCGUUUGCUCGAGUAAAACAGUCGAGGGUACCAAACGCAUACGAUAAGACUGCUUUGAAAUUGGAUAUAGGCGACAUCAUCAAAGUUACCAAAACUAAUAUCAAUGGCCAAUGGGAAGGAGAAAUGAAUGGGCGCAAGGGUCACUUUCCAUUUACGCAUGUUGAGUUUGUCGAUGAUUGUGAUUUAAGCGAUAACUCUAAAUUUUUAAAUGUUCGAAUGCAUGAAGAAAAGGACAAUGAAUAACAUAAAAUAAAAAUGUAUUUGAAAUAAAUUUAUAAAGAUAAAGUUGUUAAUAUAUUUAAAA